AUGGCGUCGGCCAUCAUGAAUUUCGUCCAGCGCUUCAACACGCAACAGCAGCAGCGCGACACCAGCGACGAGUUAAUCAAGGAUCUCAUUCUAUACUGCGAGAGGGUUGAGACCGCGCUCCGCGAGGAGAACGCCCAUCUAACAGAAGAGCUCAAGAAUGCGCAGCUGGAUCUCGAGGACUCGCAUCGCAGCAGGCGGGAUCUGCAGGAGCAGCUCAGGAUGGCGAGGGAACUGGUUAAGUCCAGUAAAGCGGACUGCGAGUCCAUGAGAAAUCGAAAUCCUUAUAUCCAGGUCUUGGUUGAUGGCGAUGGUAUGAUUUUCAACAAAGACUUCGUCCGGCAGGGUGUCGAGGGAGGGAAACAAGCCGCGGGCGCCCUUCGGAAUAUCAUCCUUGAACACUAUGAUCACAUAGCGGACGACAUCGAAGUUAUGGUUAAAGUUUGCGCAAAUGUUACAGGCUUAUCAAGAGCUCUGGUUCGCGACGAGAGCCUCGAGAACGUUAAUGUUUUCAGGGAUUUUACUAUCGGCUUUACACAGGGAAAAGCCUCAUUUGAAUUUCUGGACGUGGGCCAUGGGAAGGAAAGAGCCGAUUCCAAGAUUAGAGAAUUAAUGCGCUGGCAUCUUCGAAAUCACAACUGCAAGCAAAUCCUUUUGGGCAUCUCGCACGACGCUGGUUAUGCCCCAUUUCUUGACGAAGUAGUUACCGCAGACGAGCGCAGUCGUAUAGCCAUAAUCCAAGGUCCUCCCACCGUCCGCGAGCUCUCGGCAACCGGUCUACAAAUUAUAGAUUUUAAACAGAUAUUCCGCCAGGAGAAACUCGUCAACCGGACCCUGUCCAACACAUCACUUACGCUGCCUUCCACUUGGGCAGGUAUCACCUCUAACUCUCCAUCCAAGAAUGGGGCGUCGGUGAAGCAACCAGUCCCUACCACUACCCCGGUCUGGAAUCCGGGGCCAAGAGGCUUGGACGACCCUAUCACUUUAAAUACCGCCGCCCUGGAUAAACUCCGGCGCAGAACCAACAAUAAAAAAGUAUGUAACAAUCACUACCUGCGCGGGCCUUGUAUCAAAGACGAUUGCACCUUUAUACACGACUUGGUGGACCUCACGGACGAAGAGCUCGACGCAGUCGCGUACUUGGCGCGGCAGAAUCCCUGCCUCAAAGGCCAGGACUGCGAACAAGAGUAUUGUAUUUAUGGACAUCACUGCCCGUCUACAACCUUCAACAAGAAGGAUAAUGAGUGGCAAUGCUCAGCUACGAAUUGUCGCUUUGCAAUUGAUGCCCACCCACCUAACACGCUGACGAGGCGAAAGGAAAGAUGGGAGAGGGAGAAUUAA